AUGCAUAUCGACUGCGGGGCACUUUCAGGCUUCACCCAGACAAGAUAUGUGAUUCAUCUGUCCACCGGGAAGCGACUGGUCUUGUUUCGCUUGCCCUCCAUUGAUCCGUCCAGUUCAAAACCCAACGAAACACAGGGAUGGUCAUACUACGCAAUGGAGGCUGAGUGCCCCCAUGCCGGGGGUCCGAUGGCCGACUCACAGGUCGAUAUUGAAGACUCAGCGUACGUCGUGUCCUGCCCAUGGCAUGCCUACGACUUUAACGUCGAGACUGGAGAGUCAAGUGUGGGCAUCAAAGCCUGCACGUUCCCUGUUGAUGUGCGCGAUGGAUCCGUCACGAUAGAUUUCCCGACUGAGGACGGUUGUCAGAUCGCAUUGGGCAAGGUUGAAGCAGUGAGCGAAAAAGUCAAGCUGAAGCAUGCGCGACCAUCCGACAAGCCAGCACCUAAACAGGAAGAUCCUGGCAUGGCACAUUAUCUUGAUGACGACGCAACGCUCUGUGACUGGGCUGUUCAUAUCUUGCGCACUCCUAAUCCGGAGCACAAGAUUGAACUGACUAUUCACUUGUUCCACGUUUUUACUUCGAGAGAAGGCACAUCCUCGCCCAUGGACAUUGGAAGGGGUACGAUUACUGCUCCGGAUCAACCCCCGCGCGAGAAAAUGGUCGAAGUGAAACCAGGAGCGAUGCCGAAGAGUGGGAAAGGAGGCUCUUUGAGAAGCCGGGUUGCUAUGCUUCAUGCGUUGGCCAAUAUUGAACUUUGGGCUAUCGAUCUAGCAAUCGACAUCUGCGUUCGAUUUUCAACAUUCAAGACGGCCGAAGAGAACCCCCAGGAGCUACCCCGGGCGUAUUUCCAUGACUGGCUGAAGGUUGCAAGCGAUGAAGCGAAACAUUUCUCUCUCCUGCGUACCAGACUUGAGGAGAUGGGCUCGCAUUUUGGCGCGCUACCAGUACACCACGGUCUGUGGCAGUCUGCAACGGAAACAGCACACGACCUCCGAUCUAGAAUAAGUAUCAUCGCUUUAGUUCACGAAGCUCGAGGUCUUGAUGUCAACCCCUUGACAAUUCAAAAAUUCCGCGUUGCCAAAGACAGCGAGAGUGUCGAGGCCUUGGAAGUUAUUCACAACGAUGAAAUUACGCAUGUCACCACCGGCCAUCGGUGGUUGACUUGGAUUUGUGCCCAAGAAGGCACAGACCCGGUACGAGUCUUCCGCGAUAACGUUUCGAAACACUUCCGAGGCAGCAUUCAGGGACCAUUCAACGAGGAAGCUCGCUUGCAGGCAGGCAUGGAUCGUCGUUACUAUGGAACUACUCCAACUUCGGUUGCAGCCGCAUAA